GUUGAAUGGCAGAACAAAUCACAUGUGAAAAUUCAAUAUACUCAAAAUAACAGACUUAUAGAAAAGAAAACAAAAUAAAAGAUGUUUUAAUUAGACCAUAUAAUUACAAUUGUAAUUAUUUAAUAUCAUCUUAGGCUAAUUAGAUUAAUAUAAUGUGAAAUUAUGUGGAUUAGUAUUUGAUGCAAUUGGAGUCCCAGAUUUUUUUGUAUAAAAUGAAGAUGUAUAGAACACUUCAACAGAUGUGUUCCAAUGAUUAAAGUAUAUUCGUUAUAUUAUAUUGAUCUAAGAGUCCUAAGAGUAUUAAAAAAAGGUCUCAUAAUUUUAUUCUUGCCAACAACAUCAUAUAUGGG